UAUCUAUUCUGGCUCUAUUCAUAAUUUAAACGCCAUUGUUCUUCAACAAUUAACACGUGACUUAACGUACGAUAGGCCAGAUGGGUUGUUUCAAACCAAGUCAUUCAUAUCCAUCCUGGAGGCGUGAAAGCUGCCAUCAAAUCUAAGGAAGGCUGAAAAACGCUGACGUCACAUUGCACUAGCAACAUGCAGCCCAAAGUAAAAGUCCAGAGCCCCAAUGUAAAGUAUACGAACGACUCAGUGAUCAGCAAAUACAUUUAUCAAACAACCCAAGUGAACCAAGAUAAUGGCACGUGUAAUGUACAGCCAGUUGAUGUUCAUUUCACCUUUCACACCGAUACAAAAGUGCCAAAAGUUGGCCUCAUGAUGGUCGGAUGGAGUGGCAACAACGGUACAACACUGACGGCAGCCCUUCUUGCCAACAAGCACAACAUCACAUGGGAGACUAAGACGGGUGUAAAGAAACCAAAUUUCUUUGGCUCAAUCCUCGAAGCAUCCACUGUUAGCCUUGGCUUUGAUCAGAAUGGAGAGGUUUUUGUUCCGAUGCGAGAUCUUUUACCCAUGGUGAAGCCAACUGACUUGGUAAUUGACGGCUGGGACUUGUCCUCAUUAACUUUGGGUGAGGCAAUGACCAGGGCAGCGGUUCUACACUGUUCACUUCAACAGAAACUAAGACCAAUGAUGAAUUCCAUGAAGCCGAGGAAAGCAAUCUAUCGCGAGGACUUCAUUGCGCCAAAUCAAGCAGAGAGAGCGGAAAAUGUUCUAACGGGAACGGCGGAAGAGCAGGUAAAUCAAAUCCGUGCAGAUAUAAGGGACUUCAAGGCAACGAAUAGCCUUGACAAGGUAAUCGUUGUCUGGACUGCAAAUACAGAGCGGUUUUGUGCCGUCCGCACUGGACUUAACGACUCUAGUCAAAAUUUAUUGAAUUCAAUUGUGAAAAACGAGAAGGAAAUUUCCGCUUCGACUUUGUACGCGGUUGCUGCCAUACAAGAAGGGUGUGCCUACAUCAACGGAUCGCCACAAAACACGUUUGUUCCAGGAGUUCUCCAGCUUGCCAAGGAACAUAAAGUUUUCAUUGGAGGCGACGAUUUCAAGUCCGGGCAAACGAAAAUCAAGUCUGUCCUUGUUGAUUUCUUAGUCAGUGCUGGUAUAAAACCUGUGUCAAUUGUUAGCUACAAUCAUCUGGGCAAUAACGACGGAAAGAACUUAUCAAAUCCUGCACAAUUCCGUUCUAAAGAGGUCUCUAAGAGCAAUGUGGUUGAUGACAUGGUUGACUCAAACAGGAUCCUUUACAAGCCCGGGGAAAAGCCGGACCACUGCGUGGUGAUUAAAUACGUCCCGUACGUUGGCGACAGCAAAAGAGCGAUGGAUGAAUACACAUCUGAGAUCUUCAUGAAUGGUACUAACACACUUGUCAUUCAUAACACCUGCGAAGAUUCUCUUCUGGCCACGCCAAUCAUUCUUGAUCUGGUCCUGCUGACCGAGGUUUUCCAGCGAGUGAAGUUCAGGGUUGGUGAUAACCAAGAACUGCAAUCUUUCCACACGGUACUCUCAUUGUUGAGCUACUUGCUGAAAGCCCCGCUUGUGCCAGAGAAGACCCCGAUUGUGAAUGCUCUGUUCAAGCAAAGAGCAUGCAUUGAGAAUGUCCUGCGAGCUUGCAUUGGCCUUCCACCUCAGAAUCAUAUGCUGAUGGAGUACAAGGUUGCAGAGAUGGAAUCUUUUUGCAAGCACGUGAAGCAGCAAUGUGUGACCGAUAGUAUGCAGUAUUUACCGGAUGGGUUAAUACGAAAAUUCUAGAGCCAUUUUCCUUAAGGAUAUAUUUAAGUUCUAUCAAGGACAUACAACAAAUAGUAUAUUUAUUAGCAGAUUCGUACUCAUUGAAAUUUUUUUAGUUUUCGUAGUCUUUGACGUUAUUUAUUCAACUUCAUGGGGUCAAGUUUAUUCAAAUUUAGGUCUGCUCCGCGAGUUUAAAUCCAACAUCUUUCAUUUAACCAUGCCAUGUUUCGAUGCUGGUAAAAUAACAAAAAUUGUAUUGAAGCAAUGGAGAGCUGUUCAGUUAUCCUACAAAUCUGCUGUUUCUAUCGUAGAAUUUCUCGACAAUGUACAAAGACUGUCGUCCUGUUCAUGAAUGUUUUGCUUUUUUGUGCCCAUGAUCAAUUUGUCAGGCUGAAGGCAUCAGACAUUAGCGCACAUAGUUUCCAUUAUUUCAAUUCUUUUUUGUGCCAAGGCUAAGAUUGAACCGCCAAAUGAAACUUUAAACUGAGAGUCGCUCUCUUUGUUUAACAAACCUUUGGGCCUGGCUGUUGGACAGCAGUAAGAUAAUAAAAUUUUGAAUCCCUAACAUCCGUUGAAUAUCACAGUUCUGCAUGUCAUGUUUGAAUGAAUUUUCCAGCUGUUCUGAUUCAACUGGGUUUACAAUCAAUCUUGCUCAAGAAUAGUAUUUUCUUACACAUUAAAAUCGGCACCCUAAUUUCACAUGGAUUUUUCCACUUUCUUUUGUAGUCCAAAAGAUUAAUCUCCAGAGUUUCUAUAAUAUCACUGAAUUCAACAAAACAAUUUGCCUUUCAAAAUAGAUGAUAAUCUUUUGGUAAAAUUAGCUUAAUAGUUCAGUGAAAAUAAGCAGUAUGCGAUAGUAAAAAUUAGUCGUUGGUAGCAAUAUAAAAACUUGAUGCUUUAGUAUGCUUCUAGAUGAAUAUUACGAAUUUGUUAAUGGA